AAGUCCCUAUCGGAAGUCUCCGCUGUCAGCGUAACAACCAGGACGUGGGUUUUAUAACUUGGAUCCAAGGCGGCAACGUUUCUCAAACCAAACCUCGCUCAACAGUGACAUUUAUACACAAAUCGUGAAUUAGCGUCUUCGUUUUCUCCCACAGAAACCAGCAGGUUAAACUGGUUUAAACCGGUUAAAACCGGUGAAACGCCAGUGUUGUUGUUACUGGAGGUCAGCCUCGCGUCCACAUGCUUUCCUCGGGCAGGACCGUCUCCUCCCGGCUGCUGAGGCCGAUUUCAAGGCUCUCUCCCCGGCUGGGCUCUGACGGAAGAGCCGCCAGCUCGAAGCAGCAAGAGUUGAUAAAGAAACACGACCUUGAGAAAGAUGAGCUCCGCCCCCUCUACAUGGACUUCCAGGCCACCACGCCCAUGGACCCCCGGGUGCUGGAUGCCAUGUUGCCCUACCAGGUGAAUUACUACGGUAACCCUCACUCCAGAACACACGCCUACGGCUGGGAGAGCGAGAGCGCCAUGGAGUUGGCCAGAAAGCAGGUGGCUGAUCUGAUUGGAGCAGAUCCCAGAGAGAUCAUCUUCACCAGCGGAGCCACCGAGUCCAACAACAUGGCGAUCAAGGGCGUGGCCCGGUUCUACCAGACCAAGAAGCGCCACGUGAUCACCACGCAGACGGAGCACAAAUGUGUGCUGGACUCGUGUCGAGUUCUGGAGUCUGAAGGAUUCAGUGUCACCUACCUGCCAGUCCUGCCCAACGGCCUGCUGGACCUGGAGCUGUUGGAGGCCUCCAUCCGUCCUGACACCUCUCUGAUUUCCGUGAUGACCGUCAACAAUGAGAUCGGAGUCAAGCAGCCCAUCAAGGAGAUUGGUCAGAUCUGUCGCUCUAAAGGAGUCUUCCUCCACACUGACGCCGCUCAGGCUGUCGGAAAGAUUCCCGUCGACGUGGCAGACUGGAAGGUUGACCUGAUGUCCAUCAGCGGCCACAAGCUCUACGGACCUAAAGGUGUGGGUGCUUUGUACGUGCGUCGCCGGCCACGAGUGCGCUUGGAGCCGCUGCAGAACGGGGGCGGGCAGGAGAGGGGGCUGCGCUCCGGCACCGUGCCCACCCCUCUGGCUGUUGGGCUGGGAGCCGCCUGCAGCAUCGCACAGCAGGAGAUGGAGUACGAUCAUGACAGAGUGUCCAUGCUGGCUAAUCGUCUGGUCCAGAAGAUCACGUCUGAGCUUCCUGACGUCAUCAUGAACGGAGACGCAGUACAACGCUACGCUGGUUGUGUCAACUUGUCCUUUGCGUAUGUGGAGGGGGAGAGUCUGCUGAUGGCGCUGAAGGACGUCGCUCUGUCAUCUGGGAGCGCAUGUACGUCAGCGUCUCUGGAGCCGUCAUACGUCCUCCGAGCGAUCGGAACAGAUGAAGACCUGGCUCACUCGUCCAUCAGGUUUGGUAUUGGCAGGUUCACCACAGAAGCGGAGAUCGACUACACGGCAGAGAAAUGCAUCACGCAGGUCAGCCGGCUCCGAGAGAUGAGUCCUCUGUGGGAGAUGGUUCAAGAGGGCAUCGAUCUGAAGAGCAUCAAGUGGACGCAGCACUAGACUCCUCCCACUUCCCGUUUACUUCCUUAUUGACGAUGAUGACGGACAUAGGUUCCCAGAAAACGCUGUGGAUGUACUAGCUUUACCUUCCUGUCGACAAACAAACAAACAAACAAACACGCACAAACUUCCUGUCCGACUUGAAGUCUGUUUGUAGCUCCGCGUCUCCGUAGAAGCGCCCCUCUUGUUGCUCUGCGAGGAGCUUGUUGAUCGCAGGUUGUUGCAUGUCGUGCUGUGACACCGUGGUCCUGUAACAUCAUGAAGUGCUUUAUAUGACACGAAACUGGGAAACCUGCAGGGGAAAAUAUAUUUACUGAGGCAGCAACAAAGCGGUGUACUGCCAGGGGUUCACUAAUACAUCUUUUAAGUCAUAGUUUUUGUGUUGCCUGUGAUACGCGGUCCUCCGUCUCAGCUUUGCUUCAUCUUCCUGCAUCAGAUUUCAGUCCUACAGUAAAGCAGCUUCAUGUCAGUUCAUCAGCAGCGUUCAGUGUUAGCAGCCGCAGUAGUUUUGAUGAUUGAGUUGAAGUCUGGAGCGCACUACAAGGCGAGACUAGUCCCGUCUCGCAUUCUAACUUGAGACCAACGUGAUCGUGAAAGUCUGAUCACAAAAAUCCCGAAAGGUUCGGUUGAUAACGGGAGUUUCACUCUGAAAUGAUUUUCAAAGUCUUUUAUUGUGUUAUAUUUAUUAGACUCCUUCUGCUUUUACUCUUCAUGAUGUAUGUAAUCAUUAUUUUCCAAUAAAGUGCUAAUUCCUGCAAUGAA